GCAAACGGACAGAGGAAAGAAUCGUGUGCCUCUUUCGAAAACUCUAGUGCCAUUCUUCGGACAAUCCAUCUUCUUCUCCUUCUUCUUCCUUCCUUAUUGUCUCUUUCUUCACAGCUUUCAAUUCUUUUUUAUAAAAAAACCUUUGAUCAUUUCCUUUAUUUUAAUUAAAAUAAAAACUCAUCUCUUGUACUAUUUUUUAUUUUCUUUUGAAUUCUCUCUGGGUUGGUCGUAAAGAGAGACUUCACUUCACAUGGUCUUUUGAAUGGGUCUGUGUGUGUAAGACUUGUUCUUAGGGAUGUGUUUUGAAGAAACCAAGUGAUUAACGAACAAACCCACCUAUUGUAGGUUGCUUGGUUGGAAGCAAAACUGGCAGUUGGGGGAAUUCCACUUUUGAGAGAUAAAAAAAAGCAUUGUUCUUUGAGAUGGGUUUCAUUGUUUGAAGAAAACUCUGUGGAGGAAGAAUAAUGGAUUACUCGUCUCAAGAGGAAGAUUUACACUUCUUUGAUGCCAACGAAGAAGAGAUGAUGAAUCCAAGUGCUUUUGAUUUCCAUGUUUGGAAUGAUUCGCCUGGAAGCGUUGUGGAGCGGCGGAGGAGGUUCUUGGAGUGGAUGGGAGUCGAAGGAGAUCUGAAGAAUAUGGAUGUCGAGUCUCAAGAGAUUUGUAUUGAAGCUGAGCAAGGGUUCAGCAGUUUCUCUAGCCAGGUAACUUCCUCUGGUUCUGGUUCAAGCCUGGUGGAAGCUUCCGAGGAGUUGUCUCUUAUGAGAGUGGAUAAAAAUGUGGGUGGAUAUGAUGUGACGAGAAGGGAAAGCUCUUCAACGGCAGCAAGUUCUGAUUCCAAAUGUUGUCAGGUGAAGGAAACAGAGAAGCAGAGCAAGAAGGGAUGGUUAACAAGGCUGCUCUCUAUGGGAUGUUCAGCGGAUACAAAGGUGGAAUCUGGUGGUGGAAUCAGAGCUUCUUCCACUGGCUAUGGUGAUGUGCUUUCAAGAGUUAAGGUCAAGCAUUGUAAGAAACAAGCCAAGGAGCUCUCAGCUCUUUACCAGUGUCAAGACAUUAAAGGACACAACGGUUCCAUCUUGGCGAUGAAGUUCAGCGGCGAUGGGAAGUAUCUUGCGAGCGCUGGUGAAGAUGGGGUUGUGCGUGUGUGGAAAGUCAUUGAGGACAAGAGAUCUAGACUACUUCGAAAGGAUUGCCUUAACGAGAUAAACCCUUCUUGUAUCUACUUCGAGGUAAACGAUCUUUCUCAGUUGAAACCUGUCUUGUUGGAUGAGGAUAAGAAACCAAACAAGACGACAGAAAGUUUCAAGAAAACAUCUGAUUCAGCCUGCAUUGUCUUUCCUCCUAAAGUUUUCCGGUUAGUGGAGAAACCGUUACAUGAGUUCCGUGGCCACGCUGGUGAAGUCUUGGACAUCUCUUGGUCAAAGGAUAAUUCUCUUCUCUCGGCGUCAAUGGAUAAAACUGUCCGGUUAUGGAAACUCGGUAGCAAUGUUUGCCGUGGAGUUUUCCCUCACAAUGGUUAUGUAACCUCUGUUCAGUUCAACCCUGUAAAUGAGAACUACUUCAUGAGUGGUUCAAUUGAUGGAAAAGUUCGGAUCUGGAACAUUUCUGGUUGCAACGUUGUUGAUUGGGCUGAUCUUAAAGACAUUAUAUCCGCAGUGUGUUACCGUCCGGAUGGACAGGGAGGAAUCAUUGGUUCUCUAACCGGAAGUUGCAGAUUCUUUAGCAUGUGUGGAGACUACUUGGAGCUGGACUCUCAGAUACAUUUGCAUCACAAGAAGAAGUCUUCAAAUAAACGGAUUACUGGUUUUCAGUUCUUACCACAAGACCAGAGCAAAGUCCUGGUUGUUUCUGCGGAUUCCAAAGUCAGAAUCCUCCAAGGGAACGAUGUCGUCAGAAAAUACAAAGGCGUUUGCAAGACGAGGAGCCUCACAUCAGCGUCUCUCACGUCUGAUGGAAAGCACAUUGUUUCAGCUUGUGAGGACUCCAAUGUAUAUAUAUGGAGCAAUGGAGAGGAAUUAGAUUCAUCUUCUUCUUCCCAAACCAAGAAGAUUAAAUCUUUUGAACGUUUCUCCACCAAUGCAUCGGUAGCAGCUACCUGGAGUGGAUUCUCAGAUUACAACACGUCUCUCCCGUUUGCUUCACCCCCUUGCUUAUCUCUCAACGAAGGAUACGUCCCUGGAUCAGUUCCCAAAGGAAGCGCAACAUGGCCAGAGGAAAACUUACCUGCUAACAAUCCUCUCUCUUCAAUGACUGCAUCUCAUUACAAGUUUCUUAAGUCAUCAUACCAGAGAUCAACUAGCUCUCUGGCAUGGGGUAUGGUCAUUGUAACAGGUGGUUGGGACGGAAGGAUCAAAACGUUUCAGAACUACGGCUUGCCUGUGACUGUAACUUGAAGAAGAAUACUGGUUUGUUUUUUUUUCCUAAGUUUGGAAAAACAAAAUCAGAUGCCAUUGUUCCUUUCUUGCUAGGCACUAGCACAUGGUUCUGGCAGGUCUAUGGUGGGGUCCCAAAGCACAAACCAGAUCUAUCCUCAGAUUUGUGCUAUUGUUCAAUAGUCAAAAGGAGACUCAAAAUGCUAUUUUUCACUCACUAGUCAAGAUGAUGUAGAGAAAUCU